CUCACUGUCUUAUACUGCAGUGUACACACACACACGCGCGCACACACACACACUCACUCACUCACUCGCUGUCUUACACUGCAUCAACUCCAGUACACACACACACACUCACACACACAAAGAACAGAGAAGCAAUGUUCCAAUGUUCAACCAUUUGCAUAUAGACAAAAUUGAGAAUAAUAAUAAUAAUUUUGCAGAUAAGCCUUUGAUGAAAAAGAUAAAAAAGAUAAAAUCAUUUUUCAUUUCUGAUUAUAACAUUUUCCCCAGGAUAUAAACAGAGCAGUGAAAUAUGUUUUCUCCAUCAAUUGGUGAAUAACAAAAUGCCGGCAGGUGUUUGAUAGCCUGUUUAUAGCCGCUCCCGCUCACUGUGUGUGGAGUUUGCAUGUUCUCCCCAUGCUUGGUGGGUUUCCUCCGGGUGCUCUGGAUUCCUCCCACAGUCCAAAGACAGGCUGAUUGGAGUCUCUAAAUUGCCCAUAGUGUGUGAUUGCGUGAGUGUGUGUGUGUGCCCUGUGAUGGGUUGGCACUCCGUCCAGGGUGUAUCCUGCCUUGAUGCCCGAUGACGCCUGACGCCAGGCUCCCCGUGACCCGAGGAUAGAUGGGAUAAGCGGUACAGACGAUGAAAUGGAAUCAUUAAUCGUGACCGGGUGUGUGGUCAACUCGUGCUGUUGGGCGUCAAGGACAAAGCUGAUACUGAGCUCUGACUUUCCCCUCGGUCAGUCAGUCAGGCAGGAGGAAUCAGACAGUAGCUAUGACAACCAGUGUUUCUUUAAAACAAUUAUCCCACUGGCCAUUCACAACUGUACCAAUAUCGACUCUAUUCUAUUCUGCUGUUCUCUAUUCUACUGUACUCUAUUCUACUGUACUCUAUGCUACUAUACUCUAUUCUACUGUACUCUAUUCUAUUCUGCUAUAUUCUACUGUACUCUAUUCAGUUCUACUGUACUCUAUUCCGUUCUACUGUACUCUAUUCUACUCUAUUCUACUGUACUCUAUGCUACUAUACUCUAUUCUACUGUACUCUAUUCUAUUCUGCUAUAUUCUACUGUACUCUAUUCAGUUCUACUGUACUCUAUUCCAUUCUACUGUACUCUAUUCUACUCUAUUCUACUGUACUCUAUGCUACUAUACUCUAUUCUACUGUACUCUAUGCUACUCUAUUCUACUGUACUCUAUUCUAUUCUGCUGUAUUCUACUGUACUCUAUUCAAUUCUACUGUACUCUAUGCUACUAUACUCUAUUCUACUCUAUUCUACUGUACUCUAUUCUACUCUAUUCUACUGUACUAUACUCUGUUUUAUUCUACUCUAUUCUACUGUACUCUAUUCUACUGUACUCUGUUCUAUUCUACUGUACUCUAUUCUAUUCUACUGUAACCUAUGCUACUAUACUCUAUUCUACUGUACUCUAUUCUAUUCUAUUCUUCUGUAUUCUACUGUACUCUAUUCUACUGUACUCUACUGUACUCUUCUCCAUUCUAUUCUAUUCUACUGUACUCUGUACUAUUCUACUCUAUUCUAUUUUACUUUAUUCUAUUCUAUUCUGCUGUACUCUAUUCUACUCUACUAUAUUCUACAGUAAUCCCCCGUUUAUCAUGGGGGCUCCGUUCCAAACCCACCCGCGAUAAACGACUUUUUUUUAUUGUUUAAGCCAUAAAUGACCCUCCCCCCACACUCUUUAAACACACACACAAAAUAUUUGCAAGCAUAUAACAAGAUGAAUUUUGGGUAAAUUCGUAGAAAUAUCACAUUUAUAUUGAGUUCUGUAUGUGUGUAUGUUACUUUACAGAAGCCUUAGAAGGUGCAGAGUGUUUGGGAGACAUAAUAGGGCUAGCAGAAAAACCAUAAAAAUACAGCGUACACAGAACAAACCCAAACACUCGGGGCAGUGACACACGAAAAACUGGGAUGCUGGAGAAUUCUGCUUCCCUUCCCCAGCAGCCAAUCACAACCGUGAUUAAAUGAAUGGGGCAUUCUGAUUGGCCAGACUCGUACCUCCAGCCGUACUGUAUAUUGAUUUUCAGCAUCCCUGCACCACGCUUUCCUAAACAACGCUACGCUAGACAGUAUUUGAUAUAUUAUUAACAUUUUACUUUAUUUUAAUUAAUGUUUAUAUUUUAUAAUUAAUAAGUGUAUUUUUUAUAAAUAAAUUACCUUUUCAACAUAAAAACAAUUCACUGUAAUACCGGUAUACCGGGAAAAAAUGUGCCAAAUAAAAAUCUGCAAUAUAUGAACCACAAUAUAGAGGGGGAUUACUGUACUCUAUUCUAUUCUGCAGUAUUCUAUUCUACUCUACUAUAUUCUAUCCUAUUCUACUCUACUCUACUCUGCUCCCUUUUACUCUAUUCUACUUUAGACUACUGUAUUCUACACUACUCUACUCUCUUCUACACUAUUCUACUCUAGACUACUGUAUUCUAUACCUCUCUAGUCUUUUCUACUCUACUCUUUUUCACUGCUCUACUCUAGACUACUCUACUUUAUUCUACUCUUCUUUAGGCAACUCUAUUCUGCACUACUUUCUAUUCUACUCUUCUCUACAUUACUCUAUUCUACUCUGCUCUAUACUACUGUGUUCUACUGUACUACUGUACUAUAGUCUACUUUAUUCUACUGUCUUCUAGUCUGUUCUACUCUCCUCUACUUUCCUAUUCUACACCACUCCACUACUCUAUUCUCUUCCACUCUCCUCUCUUCUAGAUUCUAUCAUUAUCGAACAGUUCCAUGAUGAAAUUCUCCUUGUUGGUAUUUUAAUCAUACAGCUUCAGGAGUGUGUAUAUCGGUUGUGUUGUUUUUUUUUCC